AAGGUUAUGUUUUAGAUUGUGAAUGUUCAGUUUGCAAAGUUAAGCGGGUUGACCCUUGAUUUUGUUUUGAAUCUGUUCAUCAGAGAAAUACACGAUGGCACAAAGCAGACUAGAAAAAAUUGGCACUAUAUAUACCAGAAUUGCUUCAUUAUUAAAAGGCAAAGCUAUAAAAGAGGAAGACAUGCCGUUAUGGUUGGUAGUAUAUGAAGCUUUUCCUCCGAAAUACGAACCGAGAUUCGACAGACAGCUGCCAAAGAAACCAGUUACACCUAUCUUUUAUGAAGAGGAUCUUAUUCGAUCAAGGUUUCAUAAAGAUCAGAAAUUUAUACCAGCUACUAAUUUGGCAAACGAAAAUGUAAAAUCUGCAACGCAGAACUUUCUAUCCAUGUACCAAACGAUAAAAAAGGAAGAAUUAUUAGAAGAUAAAGCAUACGAGCGGGCGAUGGAACAAUACGUUUCUGAGAUGGAAUAUGGAGUCGAGAAAAGAGAAUAAAUCAAAUUCUGAUUUCAUCCAGAAGCUCUAAGUGACUAGAAAAAUAUAUUCUUACCGUAAGUUCUAUUGUAAAUAAAGAUUAUCUCAUUAUUUAACAUCUGAUAUCUGUGUGUUAAAUGCUACCCUACUGUUGUGAUACUGAUAGAAAUAGAUGUAAUUAACGAGUCUUGUUCAACAACAGUAUUUAUAUUUCGUGACAAUCAAUACGUUAAAUAACAAUGAGUUCCUGCAAAUUUAUAACUUAUGUCGAUAAGUAUGAGAUGAUAACCAUAAUGAUUCUCACAAUGAAUAAACAUGAAUUUACAACGAUA